UCUGUCACUAUUUGUCUGGUUCUGUAUGGUAACAUGGAGACCCUUCAUGCAGCUGUUACCCUAACUAGAGCACCCAAGAAGAAACACUGUAGCAGCAAAUGCUCUGAUGAGUCCAACUAUGUAGAUCUGUCGGGUACGAGUACAGUGAAGGUUACAUUCACCGGUGAGGAAAACCAACGUUCUGUGUUCAAGCGUCACGAGAAACAUGAAGACAAGCUGUCCAAAGAAGGUCACCAAAACCUACAAAAGGACAUCAUGGACCAGGAGGAGGGUUCUGAAGAUAACCUUUCUAGAGACCCUGAGGAAACUAGCUCUGACAUUAUGGAUUUAAUAACUGAAAGUUUCUGUGAGACGGAGGACCAGGAUUACACAGACACCUACCUAAAUAGUCGGUGUGAGUCAGAGUCAGAAGAUGGAGACCAAAGCACGAGCGAGACUAUUGCACCUGAAGACGCAGAGUCGCACUACAUAACAACACAUGAGAUCCAGCUGACAGAACUGGAUCACGACGUGGACCAUGAGCUUGGCCGUACCGCCAGCUCGUGCUGGGACUACGAAGACGACAAUCUUGUUUACUCGUUUGUGGAUUAUGCGUCCUUUAAAAGUGACAAAACUUCAGACAGAAGGAGCAACCGCGGGCCCAAACCAGGCAUUAGCACUGAGAGUGAAUGUUAUGAGUCGGAUGAGGGUGGACGCAACGCUAGCGGUUGCAUUCAUGUAUCAAUAAAGUCGUCGUCCCGGACUGUGAAUUCCAUCAGACCUCCGUCAGUUGAAACUGAUGUUCUGCAUCAGUAUAGCAAUGAACAAGACAAAAUUAAAACACCAUAUGACAUCCAUUCACACUGUUUUAUACCUGCGCCCGGGCGACAACAUCUGGCAAGCAAACUGAAGGGGAAAGAUGUCACUGAAUACUCGAGUGGUGCCUCCAGUUCAGUAAGUGAGCUUGAUGAUGCUGAUAAAGAGGUACGCAACUUGACAGCUAAGUCUUUUCGGAGUCUUGCAUGCCCCUACUUUGACACAAUCGAUCUCAGGCCCUCAAGUGAGUCUUCGGUUUCAGAACAUGGGUUAAGCAUGAAUCGGUGGUCAACAUUUGUGGACUUUAAUUACCGAAAUUAUGUCAUGCAGGGUGGCGAGCGCAAAAAUUCCACUUGUUCUGUGGAGAUGAGAAAGCAUGCAGAGUGUGAAAACAAAACCAUUAAUGUAACCACCAUUGCUGAGGCAAGAACUCUCCAGAGUAACAUACUGUACACAAAAUCUAAACCUGUUCACUCAAGCUCAAGUAUAAUCUCUCAUCCCAAAGUGGAUUUUUUAACCGCCCGUGAAAGGAGGACUAAAUGCUUGCGUGACGGAUCCACCAGCAGUUGUGAGACAGUGAACCAGCCUUGUGGUGCAGUUUUUGCCUCAAGUCUCCUAAAAAAUGUCAUCUCAAAGAAAAUGAGGUUUGAGCAAGAGUGCAAAAUGGAGCGUGGAGAGAUACGGGACAAGUACCAUGCACCGCCUGUUUGUCAAGAGAGUGCAAGCGGCGUGACUUUGCAAAGGCAGACAUCUGAAACAGGAUCAGAACACUCUGUGGUCUCUGUUGAGGAACGUAAUGAAAUGACUGAUACCACUGCUUGUGAGAAAAAAGAGGCAGAAAAGGUGGAAAAUACCUCCGAGCAACCUGAAUAUAAUAACACUGUUAGAGUACCAUUAGAGCAUGAGUCUGGAACUAGUGCUAUCACAAUUUGCCAAGAAAGCGAACCCACUCGAUGUGACCUUACACCUGAUAUUACAAAAGAGCAGGACAAAGAAUGUGCCAAAGUUGCCAAAAACAAGGCAACUAAAAUGUCUCACUUGUACGUACCUGGCUCACACUUCCUUCCUAAAGAUAAAGACGUGUCCGAAUUCAAGUCAAACCAAACUACAAGUCAUUCUGUUCAGUUAGAUGAGCAUCACACAACAAGCAUCACAGACGCCUCAAAAAAACCACCAGAGAUCACAAUCCGCCUGCACAGCGUCAACGAAAACAAAGCUGUACGUCCUUUCAACAUCGCCAGCCUUCUGACGCCGAACCUCGCCAAGCACGGUGCUGACAGUAAAACCCACCCGAGUGAAAAAAUGCCGCAUUUUACUGUCAGAGAUGUCCGGGACAGCAGGUGUAAGCUCCAAACACCAAUACACCAGGUACGAGAUGUUCGCAAGCUGGUGAAAAGCUCGUACCGUUUUGUGUCUCUUGAAAGCAGUGACAUCAAAAACGGCUUGUUCACGCUGCGGGAAGAUGUCGACGCGGUCAAAAAAGAACCAGAUAAGAACGAAAAGAAGGAUGAAAAGGCGGCACCGACGCCCAUGGUGAUCAAAUGCCAGUCUGUAAAUACAAACAGCUCCCGUAAAAGGUACGACCCGGAAAAUGAAAGGUCAUCGCCCAAAUCAGUUUUUAAGCAGCCUCUUGGUGAACCACAGGAAAUUCAGACAAAGACGGCGAGAUGGAAAGUGGACAAAUCCGCCGAAGGUGGUGAAAGGAAGCCAGAGUUUAAAUUCACCAACCAGGUUGCACUUGAAAAAUUAAAAGCAGCAGUUAAAACUAUGGAGCAACUUUAUGUGUUUGACCGGAAUGAGUGGAGGCGGAAGACAGAAGCACCACGCCCAGUGAAGGACAGCCAUGUGCUUUCGCUAAUUGCCAAAGAGGAACAAGGAGUCGACAAUGAGAGACUAACAGUUAUUUCAGAAAAUCCUGCAUCACGAGAAACAAUAAAAACUUCAGAGCAGGACGUAAAUAUUAGGACAAUCAUAAAUCCUCAGCAGGACGGACCUAAGAUCCAGCAAGGUUCCAACAACAUCCAAAGUGACAUUGCGAACUCUGUUAAAGUUAGCUCUAAUAAAGAUAGCUCUGUCAAAGCUAGCUCUGUUAAAAUCUGCUCUUCAAAAGUAAUAGAAGAAAAAAAUGCAGUUGAAGGCACUAGCGCAACACUGGACACAGAUACUAAAACUCAACAACUGCCUGUUUUUGAUUCUGAAAAUUAUCUUACGAUCCCAAUUAAGCCACGACUGCAAGAGACAAAACUCCACAUGUUGGAUCCAAGUUGUGCCACACAGCCACAGCCUCAACCACACCCACAGCCACACCAGCAGCCUCAUCCACAGCCAGAGGCACGACCUCCCCUCCAACGCUCACCAGUCAUCACAGAGUCAUGGUCUCCCGAGAACCCAGCAUUGACGUUUUGCCAAACCGCAAUGCCCGCUGCUCAAAUCCUUUGUGUCACCCCCCCUACGGACCAGCCCACCCCGAACACACAACGUAAACUCCUACUGGAUCCAAUAACAGGCCAGUGCUACCUGGUAGACACACCAGUGACUUUACAGCCAGUCACACAAAGACUAUAUUACCCAGAAGGUGCCAGGUACCUAGACGUACCCGUUCCGGUAAGCCCGGCUGCAUAUGUUAUUUGCCCUCCCGCUUUUGUACCUCCACAUUCCCCCUCGGUGUCCUCAGAGGGGGAGACUGCAAGCGCUGGCGUGAACUCAGGUGUGGGUACGGUAACGGGCGGGGCUAAACCUGUUAUCAGCAUUACGUCACAGCAAGGGCCACGCAUUGUGGCUCCACCCUCUUUUGACGGCACAACCAUGAGCUUUGUGGUGGAGCACAGAUGA